GUCACUUUGAUUAGUCUAUUUUUUAAACAGUUUGUGCAAAAUUAUUUUUUUUGUUAGUGUUUGUGAAAAAUUUCCAGUGAUCGGUAUCAAGAAACAAUUCCAUAUCAUCGUUUUAAGAACUAACAAUGACCAAAUUGAUGAUGGUUCCUCGGUACAGGAAUCAGCUGGCUAGUUGUGUCGAAUCAAAAAAAUCAUAUAGAAGAAAGUUUCAUUAAAAUUCUUACACAUAAUUUUAUGGACAAUUAUAUUACGCUCUCAUAUAGGCUUUUAUGGAACGGAAUUCGGAAUCGUUUUCGAUUGCAUUACCUGAACCGAUCGACCACCAACCGAAACAGUAGUGUCACGUCGCGAUCAGUCAUUUUUUGGCAUUUCACCCCAUUUUUUCGAAAUUCACCCACGAUCUGGACUAAAUUACUAGUGAUUGAUUCUUUUGGGUGGUUGUGUACGGUGCACGCUGGCUCGGAACAAUGAAAUGGGCGAGGCGAAUUCGGGCGUGGAAAAGCCCAUGGAAAUAAGCGUGGGCCGGUCCAUGAGCAUGCAGGCGAUGCAGGCGCUGUUCGAACUCAAGGAGAACAGUCAGUUAUGUGACGCAACGCUCGUUUUGGAUGAUGGAUCCGAGGUGUUUGUCCACAGAGCGAUUUUGUGCGCCUGCAGCGCUUAUUUUAGGGCUCUGUUCACCACAAUUUUACACACAAAAGAAAAGAACAGAAUCCAACUGCCCGGUAUAACCAAGGAAAUGCUACAAACCCUACUCGUAUACGCCUAUCUGAGAAAACUAGACUUAAACGAUGAAAACGUUUAUUCCGUGUUGAUAGCUGCAGAUUACCUGAGCAUUUUGGGAGCUUUAGAUCUGUGCUGUAAAUAUCUAGAAUCCACGUUGAAACCGACGAAUUGUAUCAGUAUAUUGGCCUUUGCUAGAAGUCACUUCUGUCAAAAUUUGGCAGAAAGUUGCUGGAAGUAUAUUGUAAGAAACUUUCCACUUAUAGCAGUGCAAAGUAGGGAAAUCCUGAAUUUGUCUUUGAAAGAACUAGAAGAAAUAAUUAAUUCGGAUGAUUUAAAUGUAAAAAGUGAAGAAGUAGUUUGGGAAGUGAUAUUAAAAUGGAUAGAUUACUCUACCGAAGAAAGAAAAGGUCACAUUGUGGAGUUAAUGAAGUGUAUACGUUUGGGUUUGUUGGAUACACAGUUUUUCUUGGAAAGAGUGAAAGAUCAUCCUUAUGUAGCUAGUUGUGAAGCGAGCAGACCUAUGAUUAUAGAAACGUUAAAGUUUCUCUAUGAUUUAGAGAUGAUCACGCAUAGUCGGGACUUUGCCGCCACCCUCUCCUCCGCCUCCCAAUUCUUAUUAAUUUGGUCUACCAGGGACGGCGAGGUGGUGACGCCCGAAAUCGCCCGGCCCAGAGUGCCCCACGAGAUCCUGUUUGCCAUCGGCGGUUGGAGCGGAGGCUCACCAACGAACUUCAUCGAGACCUACGACACCAGGGCGGACAGGUGGGUCAAGGUGGAGGAAGUGGACGCUACCGGACCCAGAGCCUACCACGGUACAGCGGUGGUCGGGUUUAAUAUUUACGUCAUCGGUGGAUUCGAUGGUAUGGAUUACUUCAAUUCUUGUCGAUGUUUCAAUGCAGUAACUAAGGCUUGGAAAGAAGUAGCUCCUAUGCACUCAAAAAGAUGUUAUGUGAGUACGGCAGUUCUGGAUGACCAAAUUUAUGCGAUGGGAGGCUACGACGGACAUCAUAGACAAAACACCGCUGAGAAGUAUGACCAUAAAGCCAACCAGUGGACUCUUAUCGCUCCCAUGAACAUGCAGAGGUCAGACGCUAGUGCUUGUACACUUAACGGAAAGAUAUACAUUACUGGUGGAUUUAAUGGUCAGGAAUGUAUGCAUUCCGCGGAGGUAUACGAUCCAGAACUGAAUCAGUGGUCUCUAAUAGCGCCGAUGAGAUCGCGCAGAUCUGGAGUGUCCUGCAUUGCCUACCACGAACAAGUCUACGUAAUUGGAGGAUUUAACGGAAUCUCUAGGAUGUGUAGUGGAGAGAAGUAUAAUCCUCAAACCAACACAUGGACUGCUAUACCUGACAUGUACAAUCCCAGAAGUAAUUUUGCCAUAGAAGUCAUUGAUGACAUGAUAUUUGCAAUCGGCGGAUUUAAUGGUGUAACAACCAUCUACCACGUCGAAUGCUACGACGAGAAGACCAACGAAUGGUACGAGGCGACCGACAUGAACAUAUACCGGUCCGCGCUGUCGGCAUGCGUUAUAGACGCGUUGCCCAACGUUCAAGACUACAUACACAAACACAGGGACCGGCUGAUGGAGGAGAAGCGGCAGAAAAUGAUCGCUUUGGAGAACCAGCGGAACAUGGCAGGGAUUGUUAAUAACAAUAAUAAUAACCAACAGGAGAAUAUUGUUGCUGCUGUUAAUGCUAAUAUGCAGCAGCUCAAUAUACUACAGCAGCUAAACGCCAACCUCAACCCAGCACUACCACCAGCUGCACCACCUGUUCAAGCCGCUCCACAGCCGGUUCCAAAUCCCCAACCUAUGGACGUAGAUGACGUUGAAGAAGACAACAUCAAUAAUGUUGAAAACAUUCAAUAGGAAACGCUCCCUCAAAACAGGUUCAUAACAUGAACCAAACAGCAGAAUAUUUUGAGUAACAGCGCAAUUUGAAGACGAAUUUCAUUAUUUUUUUGAUGAAAAACUCGUCAACGUGUCGUGAUAACUCUAAAUACAAAAUCUUUGAAAUGAUUUUGUAUUGAUCAGAAUUAUUUAAUAAAGAGAUCCUUGGGCUAUUUACAAAUGACAUUGUUGUAGGAGUAUGUAUCUAAUUUUAACAAAUAACAUUAAACAGUUAUAAAAUAGAUUUGUUACGCAUAAUAAAUGUAGCAGAUGCGGUCUAAUUACAUUAAUUAAAUACAAUCCGCAUUAAAUAUUACGAAAGAACUGCAAUAAAAACGCUGUGCCCUUUGUUACAAGGCAAGUGGAUUUUUUAAACAAAUUCUCUUUAUUAAAUAAUUCAGAUGAGAGAGAAGAUUGGACGAUAGAGUAAAUACGCGAGCGCGCUACCUUGAGACAAAGACUCUAAAUUUUCACAGUAUUUGUGGUUAUUUAAUUAGCCUGUGAUCCUUUUUAUAUCUUUAUGAUUUAGGUAUUAUUAUACUGUUUACGAAUAUAUUUCAUCUUUAUACA